AUGAGCUACAAUACCUCUGCUGUAGGUUCUGGCAGUAGGAAUACUACAAGAACAAUUGAGUUUGGAAGGACCCAUGUGGUGAGGCCUAAAGGAAAGCACCAGGCCACUAUAGUUUGGCUGCACGGCCUUGGUGAUAAGGGCUCAAGCUGGUCCCAGAUCUUGGAAAACCUUCCUCUUCCAAAUAUUAAAUGGAUAUGCCCAACUGCUCCAACCAGGCCAGUAGCAAUAUUUGGUGGAUUUCCAUGCACUGCUUGGUUUGAUGCGGGGGAUAUUUCAGAAGAUGCCCCUGAUGAUUUGCAGGGGCUAGAUGCUUCAGCAGCACAUGUUGCGAAUCUUUUAUCAACCGAGCCUGCUGAUAUCAAACUUGGUGUAGGUGGCUUCAGUAUGGGUGCUGCAACUGCCCUUUACUCUGCCACAUGCCACAUUUUAGGGCAACAUGGGAAUGGAAACCUGUACCCUGUCAACUUAAGUGCAAUUGUUGGUCUAAGUGGCUGGCUUCCAUGUUCAAGGACCUUGAGGAACAGGAUGGAAAGAUCAGAUGAAGCUGCAAGACGUGCAGCAUCCUUGCCCAUCUUGCUCUGCCAUGGCUCAGGUGAUGAUGUGGUUGCACAUAAACUUGGAGAGAAAUCAGCACAGGCAUUGAGUGCAGCUGGAUUCCGAAAUCUUAUGUUUAGAAGCUAUAAUGGGCUUGGCCAUUACACAAUCCCUGAAGAGAUGGAUGAAGUUUGUAAUUGGCUAACCACUAGGAAAUUUUAUGGGUUGACUCAGAAUAAUGUAUCUGUGAGGUUACCAGCAUUAGAUGUAUUUGAUGGCACAUAA